CUGCUGGAGCAGCAGCUGUGGCGCGUGGAGCUACUGCAGGGCAGCCUGGCCGCCCGGCUGUUAUCUGGCCGGGACCUUGGCCUGGCGCCCUCGGGGCCUCCACACGUUCACCGCGUCAGCAGUUUCAGCGCCGUCUCCUAUUUGCUGAGCCCCUCUUAUCUGGACUGCCUUUCCCCGCUGGAGCGGAGCUGUCAGAACUUCAUCGCCGGUGGCGAGCUCGUGGACUUGCAGCCGGUAACCGGCCCGGAGAGCAGCUGUCCGCCAGAGGACCGUUCUCCCCCGCGGCCACUGAAGGCGGAGGUCGCCUGCUCCUCCUGGCAGGGAUGCUCGUCUCGCUCGAGGGAAGGCCUGCCCGAGAUUCACCACGUUCGCAUGAAACGGCUGGAAUUCCUUCAGCAGCCUAGCAAGGGGCAGGCGUUACCCACGCCUGACCAAGAUCAUGGCUACCAUAGCCUGGAGGAGGAACACAGCCUCCUCCGGAUGGACCCGAAGCCCUGCGGAGGCGUUCCUCCUGCCGGAGCCAGUCCCGGAACCGCCCAGGAGCCCGCGAGAGAAAGACAAGAAUUGACCAAAGAGGCUCCUCUUGCUGGGGAAAGGCAGGACCCAGUGGAAAGCUGUCUGUCUGGUGAGGCCCCUGUGGAAAGAGAGCCCGAGGAGGACCGCCUAAGUGUAGCUGACUUCUCAGACAUAGACGAUGACCUUCCCGUGUCUGCCAGGCCGGCCUGUAGCAACCGAUUGAUAGAUUACAUUUUGGGAGGUGCGGCCAGUGACCUGGAAGCAAGUUCUGACUCAGAAGGUGAGGAUUGGGAUGAGGACGCUGAGGAUGACGGCUUUGACAGUGAUGGCUCGCUCUCAGAAUCAGACCUUGAGCAAGACUCUGAAGGGCUUCACCUUUGGAACUCUUUCCACAGUGUAGAUCCUUAUAAUCCCCAAAACUUUACAGCAGCGAUUCAGACUGCUGCCCGAACUGCUCCUGGAGACCCGUCUGACUCAGAGAAGGAUCUGUCUGACAAGUCUGAUCUGGAGGAGAAUUCUCCCCAGACUGGAAGCCUCCUUCCUGAGUCUCCUGACCCUAAUUCUGAGGAGGAAGAUGACUGGGAAUCUAGUGCAGAUGAAGCAGAGAGCCUCAAACUGUGGAACUCUUUCUGUAAAUCGGAUGACCCCUACAACCUUUUAAAUUUUAAGGCUCCUUUUCAAACAGCAGGGAAAAAUUGGAAAGGCUGCCAUGACUCAGAGAGGCCAUCUGAGCCCAUUGUGACCAUCUCUGAGUGUCACACCUUACUUUCCUGUGAGGUGCAACUGUUAGGGAGCGGAGACAGUGAAUGUCCAGACUUGGUAAGGGGUGGGGUUCUUUCUGGAGGACACAAGCAUAUCAAGAGAAAAAAGGUAACCUUCCUUGAAGAAGUUACUGAGUAUUAUAUAAGUGGUGAUGAGGAUCGCAAAGGACCAUGGGAAGAAUUUGCACGGGAUGGAUGCAGGUUCCAGAAACGAAUUCAAGAAACAGAAGACGCUAUUGGAUAUUGCUUGACAUUUGAGCACAGAGAAAGAAUGUUUCAGAGAUUCCAGGAAGCAUGCUUCAAGGGACUUGAUGCUUUCUAGCCAUGUUCAGAUGACGUAAUAGCCUCCAGCCCUAGCAUACACUAAGUAACUCUUACUUCAGAGGUUUCUUUUAAGACAAAAAUUGGCAGCUGUCCUUGGACCAUUUUUUUAAGAGGAUAUGUAACUUGGAUCCAGCAAUCUUGUUUAAUAUUGUUUUGCAACAUAUCCCACUCAGAAAUGUCCAGGUUGGAAGCCAAGCCCUGAUAAUGAAGGAUGAGAUGUGUGAUUUCUAAUCUUA